UCUGUCAGUGUGUGUGUGUGUGCGUGUGUGUGUGUGUGUGUGUGCAGGUGUGUCAAAAAAGAGCUUACAAUUGAUAAGAUGAGCUACAAUCAGAAAACACAUGACAGUGAAACUGAAGACAUUGAGAAAGUAGACGACGAAGCCCUGCAGGCGGCUUUGCGCGAUCUGGUUCAAAUACCCGACAUUGAGCCGGAAAGCAAGGUUGAGAAACAAAUUAGUUUUCAUACAGAGCCGAAGCAUGAAAGAUGGCUAGAACAACUAAGAGGUCGGACACAGCCAUCCAUAGAGCCUCUCAUGUCUCAAAAGCCGAAAAAGGACGAUAAAUGGAUUACGAAACAUAAGAAAUUAACUGAGCAGCCAGCGGCUAAGCACGAAACUUGGGCAGAGAAGCUUAAAGCAACAACCCUAAGCAAAACUGACAAAAAGUCCAUAGAAAAAAAAUUUGAGUUCCAAAUGUGUGCGGCGCAAGCGAAGCUAACCGCAUCCGAGCUGCAUUUCAAGCAUCUACGCAUUGCAGCUGCUUCCAAGCCCAAGAGUUUUGAAGAGCUCUGCCACAAGCCCGCGCACAUGGCCAGCACACAAACGCUGACUGUACAGGCAGCUACAGUAGCCACUGGCACUGAGCUAACCCACGUUGAAGAGGCUGUCCAAGCGGUGUUGCAAGAACAGUUGCCAGCGUCACAAUUGGGCAAUGUUAUAAAUAUUAUAACAGUGCCUUCGUUUCAGCGUGGACUCAACUGUCAAAAAAGCAAUGAAAAGGAUGAAAAGUCUUUUCACUUGUUGCCCAUCAAAUUUCCAAUCCUGCAACGUUUAACUGAGAAGCUAGCCCAGGAGACAGAGAGCCCUGUUAUAACACCCAUAGCCACACCUAGAUCCAGCGAAACCUUUAUCAACACCGCUGUCCUAAUUGCAGAGGCUCCAGCUUCCUUGGGUGUGGUAGCGAAUCCAAUGUCACUGCUGCCAAAAACUGAGAAUGUAUCCCACAAAUGGAUCAAUAGUGGUCUAUUAAUUGUAGCACCGGAUAACCCGGAAAUAGAUGCUAAGCCAGGACCACCCGCAUCAACCGUCUCCGCACCAGAACCAGAAACUAAUCCACUAAUCCAAACUAAUCCAGAAGCUGCAACUAAUCCACCUGCCAUCAUCGAGCCAGAGCCCGAGUCGAUACCAUUUAGUGGAUCUCCCACCAUAGAACCCAAUUUGGAAGAACCGAAAAAGAGUACUGUAGAGAGAAGCGAAAGCAAAGGCACAUUGACAAUCAUUGGACGUUCCACACGCAUAACCACACAAUAUCAAGAUCACUGCCAUGUCGAUCGCAAGGACUCUGGCAUUAAUAAACGGGCGAAACGCAAGCUUAUCGUUGCCUGCGUGCUCUGUCUGGUCUUUAUGGUCUGCGAGGCUGUAGGUGGUAUUCUGGCCAAUAGUCUAGCCAUUGCCACUGAUGCAGCUCAUUUGUUGACCGACCUGGUUAGCUUUCUCAUAUCCCUUUUCGCAUUGCAUCUGAGCUCGAGGCCUGCCACGCAGCGCUUGAACUUUGGUUGGUACCGGGCCGAGGUGAUUGGCGCCAUGAUCUCUGUCUAUUUCAUUUGGGUCUUAACAGGAGUACUGGUGUGGAUGGCAAUAGACCGUUUAGUGAAGGAUGUUCAUUAUGUAGACGCAAAAAUAAUGCUUAUAUCCUCCGCUCUGGCCAUACUAUUCAAUCUCGUAAUGGCGGUGCAACUUACCUAUGGCAGCGGUAACGCCUUCUAUAAGGCUGGCGAUUUACGCAGUAAGCUGCGAAGAAGAAAACCAGAGCCACUGCAGAUUGAGAGCGCCAAUAGCAAGCAGAACUUCGAGGAUCCCCACACUGCAGUUAAGCCAGCCGAAUCCGAUCUAAUGCAAACAACUUUGCCUGUACAAUAUGCCCAUGGACAUAGUCAUAUGCCGCAGGAGAAUAUUAAUGUAAGAGCCGCCGUUAUCCAUGUUAUGGGUGAUUUGAUACAGAGUGUGGGCGUUUUUGUGGCUGCAAUUAUUAUUUUCUGUAAACCAGACUUGUCAUACGUUGACGCUAUAUGCACUAUUCUGUUUGGGUUGAUUGUGCUUGUGACAACCUUUCGCAUUCUCGUCGAUGUGUUCAAGGUUCUCAUGGAGGGUUCGCCAGACUAUAUGGAUUAUGAGGUUGUUAAGAACACAUUUCUCAGCAUUGAGGGCGUAGUGCAUGUGCAUAAUUUGCGGAUCUGGGCAUUGAGCAUCAAUAAAGUUGCACUCUCUGCUCACUUGGCCAUAGAACAAAACGCUGAUCCUCAGCUCAUUCUUCAGCAGGCGAAAACCUUAAUACACCAACGUUACAACCUGUUCGAGACGACUAUACAGAUCGAGGAGUAUAGACCUGGCAUGGAGGACUGCGACCAGUGUGCGACACCUCCCAAGUCUAAGCCAAAAUCUAGCAAUAAAAGAAACAGUACGGAAACUGUUUCACAUCGCAUAAAACUAAAAUUCUCGAAACCUAAAAAAUAGUUAUUUGAAGAAAAAAAUAAAACUGUUCUACUAUAU